GUUGAGACAGCUCUAUCACCUUCAACCCCAACAUGGAAAGCAACAUGGAUCGCUCCGAGAUCCUUUCGGAAUUGGAAGCCAUGUUUGGAACUUCGAGGGAUGAGGACAUAACUGCCGCCAUUGAGAUGGAUGAGUACGGCGACUACGAUGACGUAGCGGCAAUACCUCUCGAUCAUCCAAAUCGAUUCCAAAUCUUGAAGAAUAUUGGAAAUAAUCUUGGGACUCGGUUUGAGUACGAGGGUUCGAUUGAGGACCUCCAUCACGCUAUUGAAGUCACCGAAAUGGCUAUAGCAGCCUUGUCACCAGAUCAUCCUGCUGAGGACCAAGCUGAUGUGCUCGCUGAGCUCGGACAUUGGCUUUACACCAUGUUUACGCAUACAAAGUCCAUGGAUUGCCUCAACCAAUCUAUUCAGAUUACCGAACAAGCUCUUGCCACGUUGCCAGAACUUGAAAACGUCUCUGAGCGAGCUGCCCUUCAAGGCGACUUGGCAGCAAGACUAUACGAUCGACACGAAGAAAGCGGCUCUAUUCCAGACCUUGUCCGUGCAAUCGAGUUGACCGGCAAGGCCAUCAAAGCAACACCGGAAUGGGGCUCGUAUCCGGAUAGAGGGGGUCUGCUGGAGAACCUUCGAGAUUGGCUUGUGCAAUGGUUUGAGAAGACAGGGCAUAUCGAUGACCUUGACACUCUUCAAGUUGACAAACUCGACCAGACCCUGGAUCAGACCAUCGAAGUCAUCAACACAGCAAUCGAAGCUAUGCCUUCUGACCACCCUCAUCUUCACCCCCUCUUGAACAAUCUCGGAACCCGCCUUUUGAAGCGAUUCCUCUUGACUGCUUCGAUGAAAGAUCUGAACCGUGCUGUAGAGGUUGCGGAACUGGCCGUCGCAGCAAUGCCUCUCCAUCUUCGGCCAGUCGCGCUAUUGAACCUUGGGUCUCAGCUAGGUGCACGAUUCGAGCUUUCUGGUUCAUUGGAGGACCUUGACAAUGGAAUAAAGGCUACAGAAGAAGCUCUUGUGGGAAUCACUGAGGAGCAUACAUCUAGAUGGAAAGUUCUGGGCAACCUUGCGCACCAGCUCUCACGACGAUUUGACCAAACAAAGUCGGAAGAGGACUUGAAUCGAGCGGUGGAAACCUGUGAGCUGGCUUUAAAAGCUGCUCGUAGCCAAGAUGCUUUAGUUGCAUGCUUGAUUCACCUGGGGGCAUGCCUCAACAGACGAUUUCAGCUCACGGGUGCAAUAAACGACAUCGAUCAAGCGAUCCAGGUGACUGAAGAAGCAGUUGCAGCCACACCGGCAACUAAUUACGAACGUGCCAACUGGUUGCACAAUCUAGGGGCUUCACUGGGUUCAAGAUUCGAGAAAACAGGCCUACGAGGAGACCUUGACCAAGCCAUCGAAUAUACCGACAUGGCUGUUUCGGGAACAUCACUCGAUCAUCCUAGCUUUGCUGACAAGGCAUAUGGUCUUUCAACAUUCUUGAUCCAGCGUUUCCGGCAAAACAAUAUUGAUCAGGAUCUUGAGCGGUCCCUAGUCCUUUGCAAGGAAGGCUGGAGCAGUCAGAAGUCUCGACCUUCGGCCCGCAUUCUUUUAGCAUGGAGAGCAGCCCUCAUCCUUGCCACUAGAUUGGAAUGGAGCGAUGCAGACGCACUUCUGAAGGACGCGGUCAAGCUCCUCCCAGCCGUCAGUCCGAGAUAUUUAAAAGACGAAGAAAAACAGACUAUGAUAAGCAGUUUCUCUGGGCUGGCUUCCUUGGCCGCCGCAGCGACUCUGAAUGCAGGCGGUGGAGGUGAACAGGCAUUGGAAAUUCUGGAACUUGGCCGUGGCGUGGUGAAUGGUCUCCUACUGGAGAUGCGAACCGAUAUUUCUGACCUGGAGGCGAGGUAUCCAGACUUGGCGGAGCAAUUCCGGCUCCGUCGGGAUGCCCUGGAUUCGCCUGUUGAUGUGGCAGCGCAUUCCAUCUCCAGUUUGGACGAUGUUGGAGUUUCGGCGGCUUCACGUCUCAACUGGCGACACGAGACGACGCAGAGAUUCGACGAAACGGUUGCAACGAUACGCACCCAGCCGGGAUUUGAGAGGUUUCUCCUUCCCCCGACUGCAGAUGAAAUGAUGGCUGCUGCAAAAUCAGGCCCUAUUGUUGUUAUCAACCUCAGCAGCUAUCGCUCUGAUGCGUUUCUCGUCCAAAGUCAUCAGAUCACUGUGUUGGAAUUGCCUAAUCUGAAUGUCGAAUCCGCGCAGGAACAUGCUAAAAAGAUACGACUAGGUCGCCAGUCUGGUGCACCACGCCAGGCGAGAGCUAUGCUAGAGUGGCUUUGGGACGUCGCUGCGAGGCCAAUAUUGAAGAGGCUGGGAUUCGAGAAACAUCCAGCCGAGUGGCCUCGUAUCUGGUGGAUUCCCACAGGCGUCAUCAGUAAUCUCCCAAUACAUGCAGCCGGAAUUCACACUAAAGACUCCACACAGACGGUUCUGGAUAGAGUCAUAUCAUCGUACAGCUUAUCCAUCAAGACUCUCAUCUAUGCACGUCGACAUAGUGCUCCGGAAACUCUAGGAGCAGGGCGUAUUCUCCUUUGCUCCAUGCCAAACACACCUAGCCAACGAACCCUCCCCUUUGCCCUGAAGGAGACAAAUCUAGUGAAAGGUCUCUGUCCAUCGCUUCAACUGUCAGUAGUGGAACCGCCACGGAACAAAGAGGCCAUACUGGAGCACCUGCGCACCAGUGACAUCUUUCACUUUGCUGGACACGGACUAUCCAACCCCACGAAGCCACUCCAAAGUUAUUUGCUUCUCGACGAUUGGAGUCAAGAUCCACUGACAGUUGCCUGUCUCCGAGAUUCCAGACUGCAAGCGGAGGCUCCAUUCCUCAGCUACCUCUCUGCUUGCGAGACGGGUGCCAACGACGCGAGCAAGCUUGUCGACGAGGGCAUACAUCUAGUCAGCGCUUGCCAGGUUGCUGGCUUUCGUCAUGUUGUAGGGACGUUGUGGGCGGCAUCCGACAAGCACUGUCUCGACAUAGCAAAAGUGUUCUAUGAGACGCUGCGAGAUGAGGGCAUUACUGAUAAGUCGGUAUGCUUAGGUUUGCAUCUUGCUAUUAGAGCACUAAAAAAUAUUGAGAUGGAAUUAAGCUAUAAUGAGAUGGAGGGGAGGGAAGGCAGACAGCGCGCUAUGGAAGAUGGAAAUGGGCUUGCAGUCGACAGCGAUUCGGUCCAAGAAAGUAUGAUCUCAUUGGACACGAUGAACAGGACACACAGUGGGAGAAAUGUAAUCCUGAUAGAAGAGGAGGAGAUGUACUUGUUACAUUGGAUUCCAUAUGUCCAUUUUGGUGUGUAAUUGAAUUUAGAAUAACU